AAUUUUGAUGGCUCUUUUCAGAAUGCGGUGAAGUAAUAUUCCAUUGGCAUCUUAAUCCGGUUUUUUAUUCUUUUCUUCUUCUUACGCUCACAAUAUUAGAACGAGAUCCCCAUUAUAAAUAGAUCAUUCAGCUUCAUCAAGUUUUCUACACAAAAACAAAUCUGCUUCUUCUUUUAUUUUACAGAAAACACAAAAACACACCUCAAAUUUCAUAUUCUCGACGUAUAAAAUGGCAGGAAUUGUGAUUUUAUUCGACUUCGACAAGACGAUUAUCGAUCACGAUAGUGAUAAUUAUGUCAUUGAUGAAUUGGGUUUCACUCAAUUGUUUGAUGAACUCUUGCCUACCAUGCCCUGGAAUACUCUCAUGGAUAAGAUGAUGUUAGAGCUUCACUCUAAUGGGAAGACAAUUGAAGACAUUGCCAAUGUUUUGAGACGCGCUCCAUUGGAUGCUAAUAUCAUUUCAGCCAUUAAAUCAGCUCAUGCUCUUGGGUGUGAAUUGAAAAUUUUGAGUGACGCAAAUCUGUUCUUCAUUGAAACAAUACUAGAACAUCAUGGGUUGUCAGGUUACUUCUCAGAAAUCAACACGAACCCGGGUUUCGUCGAUGACCAAGGAAGAUUAAGAAUCUUCCCAUACCAUGAUUUCACCACUGCUCCUCAUGGUUGCACUACUGCUUGUCAUGGUUGUCCCAUCUGCCCUCCCAACAUGUGCAAGGGUAUAAUAUUUGACCGGAUCAAAGCAGAAGCUUACGCAGAUGGCAAGAAGAGAAUUAUCUAUCUUGGAGAUGGAAAGGGUGAUUACUGCCCAAGUUUGAAGCUCGAGCCAUCCGACCGUCUUAUGCCAAGAAAAGACUACCCACUCUGGGAACUAAUUUCCAGUGACCCAUCACUAAUCAAGGCAGAAAUUCACGAAUGGACCGAUGGUAAAGAACAAGAACAAAUUUUACUUCAACUCAUUAACACAAUAAACUUUGAAGAUACUAACAUUAACGCAGCCGGGGUAACACUGUUGGCGGGCGAUUGCAAGUUUCAGACGAUUCCGGUUUCAAAUCACGAGUCGUUUCCCAAAGUUCUUGCAGUGCCCAUUAAAAGUUAGUUCUUAGCUAGUGAUAUCGAUAUUGUAGGCUAAAAGCCAACGUGUUUGUUGUUUACAUCCACCGUCAUUGUUGAUUUACUACUGUGACACUGUCACAGUAAGUUCACUAAAUCCAUGUGUAUGUUAGUUGCAAAUCAAAUUUCCAUGUUUUGGUUUCCGGAUCGUUAUA